UCCAAUAAAGCCUCAAAACACGCAAUAGAACAAACAACCCGAUCGUUCUCCCCGCAUAAAUCGGGAGCGGAAUAGAAAGCAGAGAAGAGUGUCGUCAUGCCACAGAUAGCCGGCGGAAAGUUUCCGCCAACAGCCGCCCUCGCAACGUGCUCUAUAUACGUAUAUAGCAUCUGCUUGAAACACAAGCUUCCUGAAGACUCGGAACAGACUCACACGUAGUAAAUUCCUCAGUCGCAGCAAUGGGUUAUGAACAGCCUACUUACGAGCUCUAUACUUACUUCCGCUCGUCUUGCUCCGCUCGACUACGCAUCGCACUCAAUCUGCACGAUAUACCGUACAAGGCUGUGUACGUGCACCUGCUGAAAAAUGAGCAGCUCACUGACGAGCACCGGGCCAUCAACCCGUCAUUGAGCGUGCCGGUUCUAGUUGUGCACAAGAGUGCGGAAGACAGUUUUGCCAUUCCGCAGUCAACUGCCGCACUAGAGUAUCUCGAAGAGAAUACUGCCUCAAAUUCACAUUACCGGCCUCUUCUGCCGAAGAACCCAGAGUUGCGUGCUGUAACACGGACUUUGGUCGCCAUCAUCUCGGCUGACAUCCAGCCCGUGGUCAAUUUACGAGUGCAAAGAGGAAUCAAAGAGCUCGGCGCUGAUCCAAACCCUUUAUGUCGGCAGACGACAGAAGCAGGUUUCGCAGCGUACGAGGCCGUGGCAUCGAAAGUGGCGGGUGCGUUCAGCGUUGGCGAUGAUAUCACAUUGGCAGAUGUAUGUCUUGUACCAGCCGUGUGGAGUGCUGCACGCUUCGGUGUUAAUGUCAAUAAAUACCCAACUAUCGCACGGGUUGCUGCCAGGAUGGAAGAAGAGGAUGCGGUGAAGAGGGCUCAUUGGAGAAACCAGCCAGACACGCCGGAGGAAUUCAGACAGCCAUAGGAAGCAUGCUAUUGUCCGAGAGAGAAAAAGGUAGGCUGCCAACCUGCACCAAUCCUGGAUUUCGGGCCGGUGAGCCAGCCACCAUAGUAUAAAGCGAGUCAGGUCAUGUACACGUAUGCACGCGAUCAAGUAGUUAAUGUCACAUUGAUGCGUGUUAUUAUUGAGAGACGGUUGAGAAGUGAGAG